AUGACAGUAGGACAAAAACUUGUUAAAUUAACUUCUUCCGAAGGAACAGAGUUCAAAGUUGAAAGAAUCAUAGCUGAAAAGUCAAUUUUAUUAAAAAAUAUGCUUGAUGAUGUUGGCGAAAAAAGACAUGUGUCAUCAACAGCAGAUGAUAUUGAUGAUUGGGACGCUGAAUUUUGUAAAGUAGAUCAGGGAACAUUAUUCGAAUUGAUUUUGGCAGCAAAUUAUUUAGAUAUAAAGCCUCUUCUUGAUCUUGCAUGUAAAACUGUUGCAAAUAUGAUUAAAAGCAAAUCACCCGAAGAAAUUAGGAGGACUUUUAAUAUUGAGAAUGAUUUUACACCUGAAGAAGAAGAACAAGUUCGUAAAGAAAAUGAAUGGUGCGACUAA